AUGUUCUCAACGCUGUCAGAUUCCGAUGGUGAAGCGAAUCAGAACGUUGAGCACUCCACAGCCUCAACAAACUCUGAGAGUCUCCCUCUAGCUAUAUCAGAAUAUGCGAAGCGCUUGCUAUCGCCUCUCAGGUUCAGUGACGAUGAAGUGCAGAAGAAAGUGCUUUCAUUUUACGUAGAAGACCUCCGAAUUUUCGAGCACUUUGGAAAUCUACGGGCUCAUAUUCUCCUGGGGGCCGGUGAUUUUGCGACCAUUCUAGUAGAGCAAAUCGAUGCGGCAUCUCGACUCUCAGAAGAAGAUGAGAGCUAUAUCGAACGAAGAACGCACGCUGCUUUGACGUUUUAUGGGAGUGCCGGACCUGGAAUUAGAUCACUGCGGGAUCAAGUGCAUCUAAACCGUUGCCUUCGCAUGGCUCUAAACCUCUACAGCAAAGAUGCCAAAGCACACACCAACUGUUUGUCCCUAGACGCUGUCGAAGACGAGGGAUCAAGAAAGGUUUCGUUGUGGGGAACAGCCGUAGAAGUCCAAUACAACGUGGACUAUCCACUGGAUUUGCUUUUUUCACAGAAAGUACUUGCUAUGUACUCCAAGAUUUUCAACUUACUGUUAAGGAUACUUCGGGCAAAGCGGAGUCUUCGCUCACUUUUCAUGACAUCAAGGAGAAAUAGCGCCCUACGAAGAAGUCCCCACGCGAGGUUUUCAUCAGACAAAAAAGUCGGAUCAGCCCUAUGGGACUUUUGCUGGCAAGCAGAACAUUUCGUCAGCGUCUUCGGUGGCUUUCAAACGGAGCAGGUGUUGGGGUCCACUUGGACCGCAUUUCAAACGUCAUGGGACACAGCUAGAACUAUCUGGGAACUCAAAGAUUCUCAUGUUCAAUACCUUAACGACUGCACGCACAGAUGUCUAUUAGAGAGCCGUCAUAAGAGUAUCUUGGGGGUCAUGACCGAGGGCUUUGACAUUGUCAUUAACGUCGAGAAGCAACUCUCAAUCACCAUCGAGGACUGUACAGGGAUGGGCAGGAACUCGGGAGAUGUUUUCUUCGAUCUUCUCAAGUCGUCUUCUGUGAGUCUGCGGCGACGAAUUGUGUUUCUUAGGGAUGCACUGCAGCGGCUGUUCGAUGACGGCCCUCAUCCACAUCUACAUGACUUGUUAACCUCCUUGGGAUUUGGAAAAGAAUCAAGUCCUUGGUAAUAAUCUCUGGAUUCUGGUUUCCGGUUUGUUCACCAGAGUCCUGUGUGGAUUACAGUAACCUUAUUGUGAGUUUUGAUUUGUCUAUACCGUAACAUACGUUGAGGACUGCAGUAUUUAUUUCCAUGAGCGAUUGACACGGUCCGCCUACAUACUGUAGUAGAGAGAAAAACAUCCGUUAGCCCCGAAAUACAUAUAUCUGAUACAGCAUGUGCAUCUGUCGGUGCAG